AUGAUUGCCGGUCGCACCAGCAUCGCUCUGGCCGGCUCACGACGCCUCCUUGCGUCCAGCACAACAGCCAGGAGAAGCGUCGCCACCUUCACGCGCUCCUACCCGGCCUUCCCGCCUUCCUCCUCAGCCGAUGCUGUCCAGCGACCGACCUUCUUCCAGCAAUCGUUUCAUCCGUCUAUUGCCGCUUCGAUCUACGUCAACUCCACUCAAGCUGAGUCGCGGAGAUGGGCGCCGCUCCUCGCAGCAGCGGCGCUGGCAGGCAUCGUGACCGUCUACAACCUCUCUUCGCCGGUCCACCUGGACGCUGCACCUCCGACCGCCUCUAAUCUUCCCUCGCCCCCCGCGGACGCUUCUACCCAAGUCCUCGACCCAGAUACCGGACUCUCUUUCUCCCAGUACCUCGCCACACCCGCCACGCUGUCCUCGACCACAGCUGCGCCACGCCUGAAACUGGCAGGUCUAGGCGUCCGCACCGUGUCCUUCCUCUCGGUCCGCGUCUACGUUGCUGCGCUCUACAUCGACGAGUCCCAUCCUUCACCGCCCAUGCCAGCGUCAGGGAGCCUGGAAGAGCACAUGAGGACCUUGCUCGAUGCAGGCGUGCCCGUCAUCAUCCGCAUCGUCCCCGUGAGAAAUACCGACUUCAACCACCUUCGGGACGGCUUUGUGCGUGCGUUGCAGGCGAGACUCAAGAAGGCGCUCAAGUCGGAGAGCGUACCGAGGGAGGUAGAAGUGCAGUUCGAGGAGGAUAUCCGUGGUGUCAAGGAGAGCAUGCCUAAGGGAAGCGUGCCCAAAGGAAGCGCGUUGGAUGUGGUCAUCGCGCCAAUGGAGAAAGGCAAGCCAUCAAGGAUGGGAUUGACGUUCGAGUAUGAGGGUCAGACGUAUGGGGGCAAAGUGGAGUCGAAUGUGGCAAAGCUAGAGGACAAGUACCAGGGCUUCACGGUGGGCAGGGAGCUCGUGCUCGCGUACUUUGCGGACAAAGGCGAGAUCAGUCCCAAGUUCAAGCGGUCGGUGGAGCAGGGGUUGCUGGGGUCACAGCCUGAGGCGUGA